AUGCUGGUGCCCCUGAGUGGGCUGCUCUCCUGGUGGUGCUGCUGCUGCUGCUGUGGCUGCUACUGCUGUGGACUGUGCGCCCCGGUCCCCCAGAUGUUGUGCCACCAGGGUCUCCUCAAGUGCCGCUGCCGCAUGCUAUUCAAUGACCUGAAGGUUUUUCUGCUGCGGCGCACCCCUCCAGCCCCCCUGCCCAUGCACGGAGACCCCCAGCCCCCCGGUUUGGCGGCCAACAACAGCACCUUUCCGGCUCUGGGUGCCGGGGGAUGGGGAGGCUGGAGGGGCCCUCGAGAGGGGGUUGGCAGAGAGACCCCUCCUCUGCCACCUCCACCACCUUUGCCACCUUCUUCUGUGGAAGAUGACUGGGGUGACCCAGCCACAGAGCCACCUGCCUCCCUGCUCAGCAGUGCCUCCUCAGAUGACUUCUGUAAGGGGAAGGCUGAGGAUCGCUACUCACUGGGCAGCAGCCUGGACAGUGGUAUGAGGACCCCGCUCUGCCGCAUCUGCUUCCAGGGGCCGGAACAGGGGGAGCUGCUGAGCCCGUGCCGCUGUGAUGGGUCAGUGAAGUGCACUCACCAGCCCUGCCUCAUCAAGUGGAUCAGCGAGCGGGGCUGCUGGAGCUGUGAGCUGUGCUACUACAAGUACCAUGUCAUCGCCAUAAGCACAAAGAACCCUCUGCAGUGGCAGGCCAUCUCUCUGACAGUCAUUGAGAAGGUUCAGAUUGCAGCUGCCAUCUUGGGUUCUCUGUUCCUCAUCGCCAGUAUCUCUUGGCUCAUCUGGUCGACCUUCAGUCCCUCGGCAAAGUGGCAGCGCCAAGACCUCCUCUUCCAGAUCUGCUACGGGAUGUAUGGCUUUAUGGACGUGGUGUGCAUAGGCCUCAUCAUCCAUGAGGGACCCUCCGUGUACCGCAUCUUUAAACGGUGGCAGGCCGUCAACCAGCAGUGGAAAGUGCUGAACUAUGACAAGACAAAGGACCUGGAGGAUCAAAAGUCAGGGGGCAGGACCAACCCCCGGACCUCCUCCUCUACCCAGGCCAACAUCCCCUCCUCCUCCUCGGAGGCCGUGGGCAACCCUGCCCCCGAGGAAGGCCCCACCCGGGCUGCCAGCCACCCCUCAGGCCCUCUGUCCGAUCACCACUGUGCUUACACCAUCCUGCACAUCUUGAGUCACUUAAGACCUCAUGAACAGCGGAGCCCCCCGGGCAGCCGAGAGCUCGUCAUGAGAGUCACGACAGUGUGA